AUGUCCGCCGAGAAUCGCGACGCAGCUGUUCGUGAGGCGAAACUCUUUCUCCGCGGAGUCCUUCGGAACGACUGGGAAUUCGAUCCUUCCGCAAACCCGGACGGCACGCGUCCUUCUUCGUCCUCUUCAUCUGCCUCAACCGGCGCCCUCUCGCGGGGUCGCGAAGUCACCGAAUGGCGCUGCCGCGAGUUCGACAGCUCCGGCUCAGAACUCGAACCUCAAUCCUCAGAUCAAUCUGAUGACGAAUCUUCUCCAGGUGCUAUGAAAAAUGGGAGCGACCCGGUCGUCGACCAGCGCCGCCGUCGCCGCCGACAGAUGGAAGAAGAGAUGGCGUGGAAUGAGGGGUUGCGGAUGUGGAUCGCACAACGAAAUGCGUGGUCUGGGGCUCGGACACGGCGGCAAAUCCGCGCCAAGGAGCAAAAGCGCAAGCUGGGUGGUGCACCGAGUUCAUCUGGGGACCAAUCUACUGCAGAUGCAGCUCCUCCGGCGGAGGACGGAACUGCGGGGGCUUCCCCGCCCUCUGACACCCAGGUUAGUGGCAACGCUGGCGAUGAGUCGGUUCUGGCCAGUAAAGUUGAUACGACUCUUUCUAUUACGGAGCGAGAGAAGAUCGAGGAGCAGCAGCAGCAGCAGCAGCAUAAGCAGGAUCAGGAAGAAGAACAGUCAACCGCCCCAGACGAGGAGGCCAAGCGCAAAGGCUCGACUGAAACCAACAUCACCGAACCGGAUCAGCAAGUGUCCGGCCCAGACCUCUCAAGCUUUUCGGCAAUAGAUGAUGGUGAUAGCGAGGAAGAAGACGACGAGGAAGAUCUCGAGGAGCUGCUCAUUCCGGUCGCCCCUCCAUUAAUCUCGCCUUCGAACUUGGUUCGCGCAACGAUCAACCCGUCCAUUUACCCGUCCAUCUACUCGAAAGUAGUCGUGCAAGGCCUGACCCCUACCAUCCCCAUAAAUCUUGCGGAUUUGACCAAGGCUAUGGUCCAAGGCUGGAAAGCAGAUGGUCAAUGGCCACCGAAGCCAGCCGUUACUUCGAUCGUUCUCGCAGACGACGCCUCCGUCCCGAAAAGCGCAACAGGGGAUGGAGCAAAUGACGGACCGAGCUCACGACGAAAGAAUAGCAUUACGAACGCCAUGCGUAAGGUGUUUCACAAUCCAUUCCACCGACGUGGAUCCAGCAGCCAUGAUGUCGGAGUUGGAAACGGAUCUGCCACUGGUAACAGCGGCCCGGCCAUUUAA